CCACAUCCAUCUCCUUUUCGUACAGUGGGAGGUUUCCCAGAGUUCCCCAGCUCCACACUCCGUCAGCGGGCCUCAGCACACAGCCGUGCCGCCUUCAGGCUCCCGAGGGCCGCCUGCUUUGCUCUCCUCUUCCGUGGGACCCUGGGAGAGAUGCGACGCCCCAGAACCACACUCGGACACGCAGCGAGCACUCUACGGAAGCAGAUCACACCAGGCAUCCACAGCAUCUAAGUUUGUGUCGUUGAAGGAAGGCUUCUCCCAGUCCUCACUAUGACUGAUGGGGAUUAUGACUACCUGAUCAAGCUCUUAGCGCUGGGUGACUCCGGUGUGGGCAAGACCACCUUCCUGUACAGAUACACAGACAACAAGUUCAACCCGAAGUUCAUCACCACAGUGGGCAUCGACUUCAGGGAAAAGAGAGUGGUCUAUACCGCAUCCAACCCCAACGGGACCACCGCAGGAAAAACCUUUAAAGUGCACCUCCAGCUCUGGGACACGGCAGGACAGGAGAGGUUCCGAAGCCUGACCACUGCCUUCUUCAGAGACGCCAUGGGCUUCCUACUCAUGUUCGACCUCACCAGCCAGCAGAGCUUCCUCAAUGUCCGCAACUGGAUGAGUCAGCUGCAGGCCAAUGCCUACUGUGAAAACCCAGACAUUGUGUUGAUAGGAAACAAAGCAGACCUGGCAGAUCAGAGGGAGGUCCAGGAGAAACAGGCUAAGGAGCUGGCUGAUAAGUAUGGUAUCCCAUACUUUGAAACGAGUGCUGCCACCGGGGUGGAGGUGGACAAGGCGGUCAUCACGCUGCUGGACUUGGUCAUGAAGAGGAUGGAACAGUGCGUGGACAAACCUUCAGCCGAACCAGCUAAUGGUAUGGGAGUGGCCAAGCUCGGCGCCUCACAGACCAAUGAGAAGAAGUGUGCAUGUUAGACAGCAUCAGGAAGCGACCAAUCAGCUGCUCCUCACCCUACUCUAGCUGCCUACUUUUUGUUUAGCCUUGGUGCAUGUUCGUUUGUCUUUUGUCAUACGGCAGCCCCCGACAUGAUUUCAGUUUUUACACCUAGUGCGUUAAAGGUCCAAUAAAAUAUGCACUUUUGGGUGACAUCACGACUUUCUAAUAAGCCAGUUGUUUAACAUUGAACUGGUGGACAGAUAUAAAUUGAAUAGUAAAUUUGAUCUUGUCAAAACUGUAAAAAUGCAGAUUGAUCUGCUUUAUGAUUAAUCUUUGUUUUUAUGAGCCCUAUCCACAUGACACAACAACUGUCCCAAACCUCACACUAGUAUUAAAACUGGUUGUAUUAUUUCAACACCGAUAUUUUGUCAGCUGUUUAUUUUUAAUCUGCCAAACGUGUGUGCCUCUUCAGCAAAUAGGUUUCAACAUUUGAGCAUUUUAAGUUUGGACAUUUCUUUAAAAACGGUCAGUCUUGCAUACAGUUAUAUCGUCCCCUGCUUUCCACAUGAAAUUAUGACAUUGUGUUUACAACUUUAGCCUUUUAAAACAAUUCUGGACUGAAUGAAUUUAAAAGCACUUACUAGAUUACCACCGGCCUGAAUAUGCAAGAUUACUCAAAUCAUAAUACAAUACUAAAGUAAAUGUAUAAGUAA